UCAGAAAGUUGGCUGCCGUCUAGGCCGGCGGACGCACGAAUCGUUGGCUCGUUCCUUUAUCGCAACUUUUAAAAAACAAAACAAAACAAAACAAAACAAUUCGAAAUUGUAUUGAAGUGUCUUUGGUGUUUCUCUUUUCCGUGUUUCGAAAUUUCCCUUCGGUUUCGUGUUUCUUCCGCUAGGAAAAAAAAAAUGUCUCCAGCUGCUACUUUAACAGGUGACCGUAUUGGAAAUUUUUAAACGCGACACAAUUACAGUGACCAUACGGGAUUAUAUAUAUUUAUAUAUAUAUAUAUAUAUACAUAAAAAGAAAACAACUCUGUGCUCUUUGUGGUUACACGUUCGACGACACCUAAAAACGGGAGAUGUUGAAUCUUAUUUAACGGACAUGUUACGGAUGUAUGGUUUCGUGUUUGUGACAUCGGAAAAUGCUCCACUCAUUUUCAGUGCCCGUGUAAUUCAAAAAGUGAUUGACUGUUGACCUACAGACGUGACUGUUUCCUUCGAAAAGCGAACGAAAAAAAAAAAUUAAUAAAUUCGGACAUUUAAAAUCAAAUCAAAUUGAAUUCGCCUGAAGCUGCUGAAAAGAGAAGAAAGAUGAAAGCCAAACAACAAUUGACGAUGGAUAGUAAACAGGAGCGGCGGGAUGGUAGAGCGCAACACAUCAAGUGUCAGAGAAGAAUAGCAGAUGAUGCCGUUCCAACAGACUCUUUGUUAUCGUACUCUUCCUGUUGGACGAUGAUGAUCCUGCUCGUUCUACACGCUCCUCUGCCAGCCACUUGCAGCACAGCCAUCGGCAACUGGAUGAAUCUCGGUGUCCAGGGUUACGAGGUGUGGCGAAACCCUCAGCUUUACAUGGUAGGAGCCCAGCCGCUGUGCACGCAAAUACCUGGACUGUCACCUGGACAGGCGAAAUUAUGCCAACUGUACCAGGAUCACAUGAGCUCCGUGGGACGAGGAGCUCGUGCCGGCAUCGCUGAAUGCCAGUGGCAGUUCCGCUACCGACGAUGGAAUUGUUCCACGGUCGAAGAUUCCACCGUCUUCGGACCCGUCCUACAAAUAGGGAGCCGUGAAGCUGCGUUCGCUCAUUCGAUCGCCGCCGCAGGUGUGGUGCACUCCAUUUCACGCGCCUGCCGUGAGGGUCAACUCUCGUCUUGCGGCUGCUCCCGAGCGCUCCGACCCAAGAAUCUCAAUCAGGAAUGGAUAUGGGGCGGUUGUGGAGAUAAUAUCGAAUACGGCUACAAAUUCACGCAAGGCUUCGUCGAUGUCCGCGAGCGCGAGAAGAACUACAAACGAGGCUCACGCGAACAAGGACGCAGUUUGAUGAACCUCCACAAUAACGAAGCCGGACGUCGGGCCGUGAUUAAGAAAGCGCGUGUCACAUGCAAAUGCCAUGGAGUCUCCGGCUCGUGCUCGUUGGUAACGUGCUGGCAACAACUGGCGUCGUUCAGAGAAAUCGGUGAUUUUAUGAAAGACAAGUAUGACGGCGCGACUGAAGUGAGAGUGAACAAACGAGGUCGUCUGCAAGUCAAAAAUGCCCAGUACAAUUUGCCCACGGCCAACGAUUUGGUCUACCUGGACGAGUCGCCAGACUAUUGCCUGCGUAACAAAACAAUUGGAUCAUUCGGUACUUACGGCAGGCCGUGCAACCGGACCUCGGCUGGCAUGGAUGGCUGCAAUUUGAUGUGUUGUGGACGAGGUUACAACACGCUCAAGACAACAGUCAAAGAGCGUUGCAAAUGCAAGUUCCAUUGGUGCUGUCACGUGGAGUGUAAGACCUGCAUCAAAACGGUCGACGUUCACACCUGCAAAUAGUAGUUGAAAAACAAAACAAACUUCAAGAAAUUACGAGGAAAAGUUUUUCUUUUUAAAGUAUACAAACCAGCUGUCCCUAAUUCAUUUCUUCUUUCUCUCUUUGUUUCUUUCUUUCUAUUACUCAAACACAAAACAAAACAUUUUUGCAUAUUUCAUUAAAACACAUUCUCUCUCCCUCUUUUUUACCAUUUCAUUUUCGUUUAAAAUGUUUGGCUAAAUAAUGAAUGCGGUUCGUAAUUAUUUUUGACCGUUUCGCCGUUUUAUCAUUCAAUGUGUAUUAUAAAAGAUGACGUGAUUUCUGUGCGUGUCGAUUCACGUUUGGGGAAGGAGGGGAUUUGAAGAAAACACAGCAACUCUUUUUUUUUUCUUUCUCAUAUUUCUGUUUGUGACUUCCUGUACGUUUAUUUUUGAUUCUUUCAAUGUGUCGUUUAACAGGGCUAACUUUCAACAUUGCCGUGUGUUUAACUUUUCCUUUUUCUCGUUUCCUGUUCGCGCCAAUACUCGCCUUUUUCGUCAAUGUGUAUACGCCGGUGUGUUUGUUCGAAAACGUGUGACUGUGCAAACUAUGUGUGCAAGUGUUGAUUGACUGAUUCGAUUAUUUAGGAAUUUUUUUAUUUGUUUUUGCUCUCUUACUAUUAUUAUUAUUAUUAUGAUUUUGUUUCCAUUUUUCGAAAAAAAAGCCAUCAAGCCAAACGAACGAACUUUACAAUUUUUUUUUGUUUGUUUCCCCCCUUUCAGAUAUGUUGACAACAUUGAUUUUUGAUUCAGUUAUUUUUUUCCAUUGUCUCCAACAUUACAGAUGAGUCGAAAGAAACACAACACAACAAAAAAAGAUAAAAACAAAACUUAUUACAUUACAAAUGAUAUUGGUGACAUCAUCACUUCAAUUCCUCGCCAUCUGACAAACAAAAAAAGAGAACACAAAUUGUACACCUCUUCUCAUAUAAGAACAAAAAGAAAUACACUCAGUAUUAACCCAUA